UAUGUUUGUGGCUCUUGCAGUCGUAUGUGAUGAAUUUUUCGUACCGAGUCUCGAAGUGAUCACAGAAGUCCUAAAUAUAUCUGAGGAUGUUGCCGGCGCUACUUUUAUGGCUGCAGGCGGUUCUGCUCCCGAACUAUUUACUUCCUUUAUUGGAGUAUUUAUUGCAAAUUCUAAUGUAGGAAUUGGAACUAUUGUUGGUUCUGCAGUUUUCAACAUCCUUUUUGUAAUAGGAAUGUGCGCACUUUUCAGCAAAGGUGUUUUAGUCCUAACUUGGUGGCCUCUCUUUCGCGACGUUACAUUUUACUCGAUUUCGCUAGCUUGUCUUAUUGGCUUCUUUAUUGAUAAGUGGAUUGACUGGUGGGAGGCUUUAAUAUUAUUGCUUUGUUAUAUUUCCUACGUUCUCUUCAUGAAAUUCAAUCAAGACUUUGAAGAUUUCGUAAAAUCUAGACUAAACGGGAAUAAAGUAACUUCGAUGAGAAGUCGUGACAACCUUAUUAGAGAGUCUGGGAGUCCUACACCUAGACCUGUUGGUAACUCAUCAAUGGAAGAGAACUCUCCAAGUCCUCCCCCACAGGUAACGAUAUUAAUUUUUACAUAA